CAGGAACCCAAACGGGAAUAUCUCCGAUGAUGUUUGCUGGGAAAGCUUCUCCGGUCUUGGGCAAAAGCCGCACAAGCCUCACACGUGUGAGGCCCGGGUCGGGCGGGCGGUUCUUGGGUGACGCAACGUCCAGCGAUGGCGCGCCAUGGAAGGGUCCAGUAUCAAGGAGGCACUUCGGGGAAUCAAGACCUCCGACUGGAAGAAGGCUGUGCAAUGGCUGGAGAAAGCGCCUGAAGCUGUGGUGGUUUGCAAUGCUUGCGCCAGCAGCUGCUCCAAAGCACAUCAAUGGCUGAAAGCCUUGCAGCUGACCACCGAGGUCCUCUUGAAGAGCCUGAAACCUUCUGACGUGACCUGCAACACUGCGAUCCAAGCCUGUGUGAAGGCGCCAGAAAGCACCUGGCGCCAUGCCAUCGGCAUUUUGACCAGGCAUCUCACGCAGGUGCAGCGAGACGCCGUGAGUUGGCACAGCGCCGCGGACAUCGUACAAAGGGAGCGCUGGCAGUUGAGCUUGGAGCUCCUUGACCGCCUGGUGCUGCUGGCUUUGCUGCCCGACGGCAUCACUCAGACACUGAGGGCCUCGGGGUUGAAGACGGGACAGCGCUGGCAAGAGGGGCUCCUGCUGAGUAGUGGAGGCUCUCUCCUCUUGGUCACCGCUGCGCUGAGCUCGUUGCCCGCACCACGCUGGCGUGGUGGCCUCGUGCUGCUCACCACGGCGUCCGCGAAUGCGCGGACCGCGGCUGACGCACGGGCGCUGAGCGCCGCGUGCCGCGUGUGCGAAGCGGAGGAGAGCUGGCCUUGGGCGCUGCACCUGCUACAGGAGGUGCAACAGGUGAGCUUCGACCCCUAUGCCUUGAGCUCCACCAUGACUGCCUUGAGCUCCGCCCUCCAGUGGUCUCAAGCGCUUCACCUCUUUAGCACCCACAGCGCCCAGUCACGAACUCGGCACGACGCGGUCACCUACGGCGCCGCGAUGGCGGCCGCAGCGGUGGGUGGAGUGUGGGAGGCUGCGGUGAGAUGGCUUGAAGAGAUGAGGAGCAACAAUGUGGCUCCCAAUCUGGUGAUCUACAACUCGGCCAUCAGUGCAUGUGAAGAGGGUCAGCAAUGGGAACAUGGCUUGUGGCUGCUGCAGGUCAUGAAGAAGUCGACGAUCACUCCGGACGUGAUCAGUUAUAGCUCCGCCGUCGCAGCUUGUGGUUGGGGUAAGCGUUGGAGUGAUGCAGUGCUUCUGCUGGACACCAUGUGCCAGCAGAUCAAGACCAACAUCAUCGCGAUGAGCGCUGCGGUGAGUGUUUGUGAGAAAGCAAGUCGCUGGGCUUUAGCUCUUCACUUUCUGGAGCAGUGCUGGCAGCUGGACUUGGAAGUGAAUACUGUGACCUACAACGCUGCCAUCAGCGCAUGUGAGAAGUGCAGCCAGUGGCAGCGCGCAUUGAUUCUGUUCGAUGAGAUGGAGACGCAGAAGAACAUGGAGCGCAGUUUGAUCAGCUGCUCCGUGGCCGUCAAGGUUUGCGCCACUGCGAAGGCCUGGGCAGCUGCGAUGUCUCUCCUGGCGGAUGAAGAGGCGCCCUUCGCUGCCCUGAGCGCCGCCUUCAAUGCCGCGGAGCCGGACGGGGGCGAGGCCGGUUCGGCGAGGGCGCUGGUGCAGCUGGCGGCGCGGAUGGCGAGGCAAAGGGAGGUUCUUGCUGCCGAGCUCUUGGACAACCACGACUUGCUCAGUGACGCCUGCCUGGCGCAGCUCCGUCGGCGUGUGUGGCGUCCCUUUUGGCGCCGCUGCAGCACGCUGACGCGUGGAGACCGUGCGAUGGGUCGGACGGAGUGGAGGCUUUGGGAUCCUGUUUUGGAGCAGGAGUCCUUUUUGGGCACCGUGAUGACCAUUGACAUGCUCCGCAGGUUACAGAUCCAGAUCCAAAGGCCCUGGCGCCCCACAGCGCGUCGUGCGGCCCGCGCCCACGCGGUGAUGCACGACGCGGAAGCGACCGCGCCAUCCACGAGCGACAGCGAGAUCCGCGCGCAGGGCGUGCUGGCUUGGUGUGCAGUGCGGCUGGGGCAUCUUCGAUGUGCUGGUCGAGUGCAUGAAUGGAGCUGGCAAAGCAGCAAUCUCCUCCUACCGGUCUACGUCGAGCAUGAUCGCUCUCCUCACGCCGAACGUCAGGCGUUGCUGACCUGGCUCCAUGCGCUCCGUGGUGACUGAGCUGAGCUGGGACGAACGAACGCAGGUUGGCUGAACGAACGCGGCGGAUGCUGAACGACAGGUUAUUGGGUCUCUUGCCGGAGCUCGCGUUAUGAGAAGACGUGGAUGGAGGUGGUGGGCAAGAAGUUAAAGAUUCAGCGACCGAUAGAUCAUUUGCAUCCGAAGGUUGACUCUGCAGGCGAAGACGAGAGACUUGGAGGCCCACGGCGCUCCACUGCUUCGCCUUUCACUACCGAAAACACCCUGGCCAUGUGUGAGACAUAAGUUGUGCGACGCCAAUGGAAGCGCCCAAAAUUUGAGGAAUCAAAGUUUCACCUUCAGCAGGCGGAAGCAGAGCUGGAGC